AUGGCUGCCACCUUCAGUCACACCGUGGUCAGUCACAAAAUGGCUACCACCUUCAGUCACACCGUGGUCAGUCACAAAAUGGCUGCCACCUUCAGUCACCCCGUGGUGUUCCUUGUGCUGUGGUGGCUGCUGAUGCCAAGCCCGACCAUCGUUAGAGGAAAUAAACCUUGCAAGGACACUUCAAUCAAUGGCUUGCUAGAAGAAUUUGACAAUAUCUCUGUGACCCGUUCCAAUUCCCUCCGGAAAGAGAGCCCGCCCACUCCUCACCUGGGUCACUCGAACCAUGUCGAAAGUCACCAGCGAGAAAACGGCUACAUCACGUUUUCCCAGUACUCGAGCGAGUCAGAGACCGCCGCGGACUUUCUUACUGAAAAAUACAGGGACAAGAGCAUUCACAGGGAAGAAUUAGACAAAUACUCCAGAGGCAGCUAUGCUGCAAAACAGAACGGAAACGUCAUGAAAAUGAAACCCAGCGAUCUGUAUUUUUCAGAAGCGAAGCCUCUGAAAUCUGAUAUCUCAAGGUUCCUACCGGAUUAUCAUGCCCACAUGGACACAAAAAGCAAGUUGGGUGACUAUGGUGGCCUGCAGUUGGAAUACCAGAGGACGGCGAGUGGGUGUUCUCUGGAUUACAAAGAGCCUUUUCACUACACUCCCUCUAGAACUUCCAUUCACAGCCAGUGUUCGAGGGAGAGACUAGAAUACAGUGACAGUGAAUGGGGAAAGGAUGACUAUGACAAAAGACCGAAGUCGUCCUAUGUAAACCCAGCCAGCCCUCAGCCAGCCAUGAGACAGAGGUCACAGUCAGGCUCUGGCCUCCAAGAGCCAAUCAUGCCCUACGGAGCGAGUGCUUUUAAGUCCAGUCAGCAAGGGCAUUCCUAUAGCUCAUAUACCUACCCUCGCUUAUCAGAAACCGCAACAGGCGUUCCAAAGCUGGAUUAUGACCGCGCCCAGAUGGUUGUGAGCCCACCCUUGUCCGGAUCGGACACUUACCCCCGAGGACCCACAAAGGUGCCUCAAGGUCAAAGCAAGGCCGGCUAUUCCGGCAGCAGCUACCAGUACCCUGCAGUCUAUCACAAGUUCUCUCACUUCCACCAACAGCCUUCGCAGCAGCCCAGCUCCCAUUACAUUUCCACGGCUUCCUACCCCAGCACCCUGAGCAUCUCUUCCAGCACUUACCCCCCGCCCAGCUGGGGCUCGUCCUCGGACCAGCAGCCCUCCAGGGUGUCCCACGAGCAGUUCCGGGCGGCUCUGCAGCUCGUUGUGACCCCCGGGGACCCUCGGGAGUACCUGGACAACUUCAUUAAAAUCGGAGAAGGCUCCACGGGGAUUGUCUGCAUCGCCACAGAGAAGCACACGGGGAAGCAGGUGGCCGUGAAGAAGAUGGACCUCCGGAAACAGCAACGGCGGGAACUGCUCUUCAAUGAGGUCGUUAUAAUGCGGGAUUACCAUCACGAAAACGUGGUCGACAUGUACAACAGUUACCUGGUGGGAGACGAGCUGUGGGUGGUCAUGGAGUUUCUGGAAGGCGGCGCCUUGACUGAUAUCGUGACUCAUACCAGAAUGAAUGAAGAGCAGAUUGCCACCGUUUGCCUGUCUGUCUUAAGAGCCCUCUCCUACUUGCACAACCAAGGGGUCAUCCACCGGGAUAUAAAGAGCGACUCUAUACUCCUUACAAGUGAUGGGCGGAUAAAACUAUCCGACUUUGGGUUCUGUGCCCAAGUUUCAAAAGAUGUUCCCAAGAGGAAAUCGCUUGUUGGAACCCCGUACUGGAUGGCCCCGGAAGUUAUCUCUAGGCUGCCUUAUGGGACAGAAGUGGAUAUCUGGUCCCUUGGAAUCAUGGUCAUGGAAAUGAUCGACGGAGAGCCACCGUAUUUCAAUGAGCCACCUCUCCAGGCAAUGCGCAGGAUCCGAGACAACUUGCCGCCAAGAGUGAAGGAUCUGCACAAGGUUUCCUCAGUCCUCCGUGGCUUUCUUGAUGUGAUGCUGGUGAGAGAACCUUCUCAGAGAGGAACGGCUCAAGAACUGUUGAGGCACCCCUUCCUAAAACUGGCCAGCCCUCCCUCCUGCAUCGUGCCCCUCAUGAGGCAGUACAGGCACCGCUGAGGUCUCUGUCUCUCACU